AUGGCACAUGGCACAUGGCAGACGGGGCGAAUUGAGUUAUUGCAGCCAUGGCAACUAUUAUGCUGCACUACCUAUUCAUACAUACUGUGUGGGACCGCAAAUGCGGACGGGGCUGGAGUUGUGGUUGCCUGUUUCCGGACGGACGCGAUGAGGAGAAUGCCGCCAACUAAGUGGGUGGUGAACUCAGCGGCGAACCCGUACAGCGAAGAAACCUUGCUUUGUCAUCUCCACACGAACGUCAAGUUGUCACAACCGUGUGGUACUUGCUUUCGAACAACCCAUUCGGCGCGAGCAAGUGUGUGUCGUGAGCAGAAACGUGAUCGGGAUCAGUACUCGUCCUCUUCAUCCUCCUCACAGCGACUGCGACCUCUGCACGCUCGCAUCAGCCUUCGCAUCGCCAUCGUCAUCGCCAUCGUCAUCGCCAUCCCAUCUCACCCCCUCUCGCCCUCUGUCAUCACUCACAUCCCGCCCGUUGCCGAGCGUCACCAAUCACAGCCAGCCGGCCCCCACUGCUUUCGAUCCACACACGCACCACCAUCCGCGGGCCACUUCACUACUACGACAGCACGAGCGCUGCUGCGCCUGCUGGCCACGGUACCAUCCCGUCCGUCGCAACACAUUGCUACAACACGAGGGACCAUCAAGCACACACUACAGACCCUCCCCUCCUCUCCUUUCAGCCCUGCCAUGUCACCGCAGGACGCGCUGCUUCCGGAUGCGCCGCCCACGACGCUCCUCCGUUCGGUUCUCGCUGCUGGUCAUGCGCCGUCCGCUCAGCCCACCACUCUCCAAAGCCACCACGCUGCACAUCAUGAGGCUGUCCGGAUAGCCGCUGCAAAUGCCAGUCUGAGCUCGACGGCCAAGGGCAUCAUGAUUGGCAUCUUCUCUGUCCUCGGCGCAGCGGGCCUGUGUCUUAUCAUCGUAGCCAUCGUCUACUACUUCCGGUACACUUCACAGGGCCGCAUCUUCCUCGACCGAAUAUCCCGCCCGGGCGAGUACGAUGACGAGCAGCAGUUUGCAAAGGAGGAGGCCGAGGCGCUCGAGCAAAUGGAUGACCUGCAGAGAGCCGAGUACAUGCGGGCCAAGGCCUUCAUCCAGGCCAACCCUCCCGAAUCCGUGCAGACAGACAUAUCCUUGUCACAGUUCCUGGCGAUACAGGAGAAGGGCGUGUCGGCCUGGGAGUUUGAGCCCGAACUGGAAAUCGCGAAUUGCUUUGUCGAGGCUCGCACAGAAAUUGAGUUCUUCGAUGCCGAAUGCAGUGUGCAGAGCAACCUGCCUAUACCCAAGCAAAAUGAAGUCUACUACUGGGAGGCCAAGGUCUAUGAGAAGCCCGAGAAUACGAGCAUUGCAGUUGGCGUCACGACAAAACCUUAUCCGUUGUUUCGAUUACCUGGCUACCACAAAGCUUCCAUUUCGUACAUGUCCAACGGAAACCGCCGAUUCAACCAGCCCUUCACCCCUUCUGGCUACGGACCCUCUUACGUACAAGGCGACGUCAUUGGUGUCGGAUACCGACCUCGAACAGGCACACUCUUCUUCACUCGAAACGGAAAGAAACUGGACGACGUCGCACACGGCCUCAAGACUCAGAACUUCUUCCCUACCGUUGGCGCCAAUGGGCCAUGCCAGGUCCAUGUCAAUUUCGGUCAGAUGGGCUUUGUCUUCAUCGAGGCGAAUGUGAAGAAGUGGGGUCUGGCCCCGCAAACCGGCAGCCUGGCUCCCCCACCACCCUAUGGUAGCGAACAAGGCUCCAUCCUUUUGGAUUCUGGGCGCGAUGGUGUUAGGGAAGGGAUGGGUGGAAGCUACAUCUCAGCAGGCUAUGGACACGCUCGGACCAGCAGCCAACAGAUGCGGCUUGGACGAAACCAACCCACGAGUCCUGGACCUCAACGAAGCCCGACCGACAUCUCACUAGCCGCACUGAGCGUCGUAGACUCGAAUGAGGACAUUGGCGAAGGCACGAGCGAGAACACGGGCACAUCUUCCAUCACCGCCCCACAAGGUCUCGGCUUCCUCCAGCCAGGCGAACUACCACCAGAGUACAGCAGCCCCGUCGGCUCGCCCAACCUCACCACCACAGCCAGACACCAAGAUCAAGGCUACUGGGACGAGAGCGCACCCCUCGUUCCCAACCAACAGCGACGAGGCUCAAGUAGCCCCCCUAUUCCUACCUACGACGCUGCGACCGCACCUGCCUCAAACACCACUCCACCCACCAUCCGCGUCCGCAGCUCCACGCAAACCUCUCGACCGCGCGGUCCACGUUGA